UGGUUGAAGUACGCCGAGCGCUCGUGCGGGCGACAACACAGCCACGCUCCACGUUCAAACUCCACACUUUCAGACAGCUUGUGAUCACAGUCAGGUGAAGCAUGAACUGGUGUUCAUAUAACGACAGCAGCUAAGACUCUUUUAGACGUUUCCAGUCAAUGCAAAUAUGUAAAAUGUGGGGUUUUUACAUAUUGUUUGAGGAGAAAAAAAAAAGGUUGUUGAUUUAGUUUAUUUACUUUCUGCUCAGCAUUUCUGUCCAUCACUGACUCUCACCUCCUGGUGUCAGAAGAUAUGACAUGUGGGAAUCUAACGCACAUCUGGGGCCUCAACGUUUCAGGUCGAGCGCUGGAAUCUUUGGUCUCCUGCCUCACUGCGGUCCUUUCCGUCACUGUCCUCACAUUCACGCUGCUCGGGAUCCUGUGUUUCAAAAGAUAUCGUUCUUUGACCCGUACCAUUCGGGAGCUGCAGGCGACCAAGUUGGCGUUGCAACCCGUAUCUCGGCAAGAAGCUUCCAUCGCGCCUGCGAGGCCAGUGGGGGAGGAGGAGGAGGAGGAGCUUCAGCCUCAGACUCUUCUACAGAAGAGCAGCAUCGUGAGGUCUUCAUCCAAGAAGCGAUGGAAAGGCCUGCAUCAGGCUCCUCGAUUCACAAAGUUGGAUCUGAACCUGCUGCAGCUGAUCAAAGCAGGGAAAGAAGGCGUCUUCUACCAGGCCAGGAUGACCAGAGGGACGUGUAAAGGCCACAACAUGUUCACAUGCAAAAUCAGCAAAGAAGGCGUCCGUCUCAAGCAGGUGGAAGCAGAAGUUUCCAUCAUGAGGAAACUGAUGCACCAUAAGAACAUCCUGCAGUUACUGGACUGGAGAACGACUGAGGAGCCUUACAUUCUGAUCAUGGAGUAUGUGAGCUAUGGCACACUCAGGACCUUCCUGCAGACCAACAAAAGCCUCCUGAGUGCAGAUCCUGAACUGCAGAGCCUCCUCACCAUCGCCUCCUAUCACAUCGCUCUGGCUAUGCAGCACCUGCGCUCCAAAAUGAUUGUCCACUGUGACUUGGCUCUGAGGAACAUCAUGGUCAACAGGUUUCCUUGGGAAGUGAAGGUGGCAGAGUUCGGCCUGGCUCGGGAUUUAUCACGACUGACCAGUCGCCACAGCAGCCGCUGGAGAAACCCACACCAGCGAGUGCCACUGCGCUGGUACCCACCCGAGUACUUCAAGAACAACUACUACAGCUUCAAGGGAGACGUGUGGGCGUUCGGCAUCGUGCUGUGGGAGAUGCAGACGUUUGGCACUUUACCAUACCCACACCUGGAGACGUCAGAAGCAGUGGUGUACCACAUCUGUAUCGGUCAUAAAAACACAAACCCUGAAGGCUGCAGACCAGAAAUACUUCAUAUCAUACAGGACUCAUGGCUGGAGCCGUACACUCUCAGACCCUCGUUCACUGACAUUGUCCGUAUGUUCGAGAACAUCAUAGAAAACGACGCGGACUAUGUGGAUGUCGAGAGUCCACAGCUGCUGGUGACAGAUGAGGCUGAAUACCAUGAAGCUAAAUAUCUGCGCGCAGCCAGCAUCACUGUGAAUGAUUUAAAUACCAUCUAAAUAGAUCAGACACGAGAAAACACUGUCUAUCCUCAUCACAGUAAUUGUGAUUAAUCACCAAAUCCAUCAAUCAAUGGAGACACAGGUCAUUUUUUCCCACAACAGAGGGGAAAGUGUAUCUUAAAUGUUGAUAAUAUUUACAGUAGGCAGGAUUUUCUUUAUAGAUAAAAGAUUAAAAGUAAAAGUAAUUUGAGCACAGUCGGCUACAGACUGUUCACAGGAGGCAGAUUUAUUCCCAUUAAGAUCAUUUGCUCUCUCACCAUC